UGCUAGGUAAGCCAGUGGAGCUGCAUGAUCAAAACCCUCCUUUAUCCUUUGCAAGAAGAAGUGACAAGGUAAAACAGAGAGAUUAUUGCCAGUUCAGGUUCUGGUGACAUUUAGCACCAAUGGCUGGACUCUGCACUGUCAACAAAGCAAAAUGUGAUUUCUGCAGGUCUCGCGUACAUGACACAGAGAAGCAAGCAAAACUUCUCUCCAAUUCUUUUUGUCUAAUUUUUCUUCACUAAGAGAAAGUUGCAUUGAAGUAAACAAACAAAAGGGCUAUUCACAUUUAACAUUGCUUCUCGCCCCACAGAUAACAAAGUGCAUCUAAAUGGCUUCUAUUAUGGCCUUAGCAAUCUAAUGAUGAAAAGGAGGAGACUGUGGGAUUAUUCGUUUCAUCUUCCCUGGAUGAUGGACGGAGAGAUAUUCACUGCCACUUUGGUGCCAUCUGGGAACGUGACACCAGAUUCUAGCAUGACCCUGGAACAGAAAACAACCUUUGCCUUUGUGAUUUUAUUAUUUAUUUUCUUGGGAAUCCUCAUCAUUCGCUGCUUCCGAAUUCUCCUUGACCCCUACAGGAGUAUGCCAACCUCAACCUGGGCUGAUGGACUUGAUGGGCUGGAGAAAGGCCAGUUUGAUUACACUCUUGCUUAGAGACUGAGAAUUAUGAAGGGUUAUUUAGCACAGCAAUAACGAAAUACAAUUUCUGGAAUGUCGGUUUGUUUUGCAUAUCAAAUGUUAGGAAAUACAACAUACAAACAUGCUCAAAAAUGGAUUUAUUUUUUAAAAAUUAAAUCUCAAAGCAAGUUAACUUUUUGAAAGUAGAUUAGUGAAUCUCCUCGUAGGAAGAAGAGGGGUGUUGCACUAGCAGAAUGGUGCUUCAGAACACCUUGGAACAAUGUGUAGUGUAUGUGAUGUCAUAUAACUGAAGCAAGUGUUUUAUCAUUAUGUAUUAUCAUUAAUGAAAUGCUGUGGUAUAAGGUGUCUUUCAAAUGCAGUAAAAAUGUGAUUUUAUGAUCUGUAUAUAAUAAAUAAACUUUACUUUUCAUGCUCUGAGAACAAAUUAGGAAGUUUUCUGUUCUGUAAUUUGAAUUUGAGAGCUCUAGAAAAUUUCAGGAGAAAAACACCUCCAUGGUUUCCCAGGUUGUUUCCUAGAAUUGCUCAUUGAUCGUGCUACAUAGUACUACCAAAUCACUGACUUUAUAAUCUUUGUUGUGAACAAAAUAUGUAAUGAUUUUGACCUAUGUAUUGCCUUUUUUGCCAAAACUGAUUUCUACUAAGAUAGACUUUUGAACUGUUCUUACAGCAGCUUAUACAAACAAAUUUCAGACUGUGUAUUUCAAGUACCCACUCAUCCUGCUUAUUUGGUAUGUGUGGGUCACACUGCAUUGUUUGUGUUUCCUAAUUGGAUGAUUGAAACAUCAGCAGUAAGAAUCAAUGAAAAUGCUCCCCCUUCACUCAAAAAGUACUUUUGAAAGUGUUUGUACAAUGGCAAAACGUUCCUAGAAGUCACUGUAAAUAAAAACAUAAAUGCAUGAUUGAUCAGGGAAAGAAAUGUGUAGAAGACUGCAUGAAAUUUAGUGGAACAGCUUACAGUCCACGUGGAGGUUUGCAAGUGCUGUUCAGUAGUACUGAAAUACUACAGUGGUAACAACAUCUGAUGUACUGCCAGGAGGAAAAAGCCAUGCUCCCAAAUACACCAGUGUUGUGAAAACAUCCCUGGUGCUGCCCAGAUUGUGAAAAAUUCCAUGCAGGGGGGACGGGAAGCAGCAUGCUGCCUGUUUUAAGACAAAGCCUUAGAUAUAGCUGUAUUACACUCACUGUAACAAUGACAAGCAGUUGGGAAGUUCUCCCUUUGUGCUUUGGCAUGCAGCCUGUAAGCAAAGCCAGGCUGUAGCUGGUACAGCUGGGGCUGUGCUGACUCAUUUGCGCUGUGGCCCUGUCUCUAGCUGUUGCACUUGGAGCUAUUUGUUCCCUUUGCUUCUCAUCCUGUCCAUCGGCUAAAGGUUGCAGCUAUUUGUGGCAGAGAGUGGGAUGGGAGGUGGCUCUGCACGGUGGCUAACACAGUUCACAGGAGGGCAGUAAGAGCUCAGCUUCAUGAUGGUUUCAAAGAAAGAGGAGGGAUUACAAUCUGUGGCUGCUAACACACAAGCACAGCUUUGUCCCUCUCUCUCACAGAGGCAGUAAACUAUAAUAUGGUUGAGCAGAACAGUACAGUGAUGCAUCCAUGCUCUCCAUAAGCCAUGGGGUGCUAGCUGUCACUGCUUCUCCACCAGUACCAGGGCACUUAGGUCAAAGCUAAUGCAAACUUUCAGACUGUUAACUAAACACAAUGACAGAGUGGCAUACAAAAAAUGUUCCUGUUGUUAUGUCAAUACCCCCCAAAGCAAUGUGUUUUCAAUAUUUAUGAAGCUGCAGUAACAGCUCCCUCUGGCUUGGGACUUCUCUCCUGUAUUAAGGUCUUUUCUUUUCUUUUCUUUUCUUUUCUUU